AUGAAGGCGGCUCUGAAGGGAAGAUACAACGACGGCAAUAGCACCGCCGCCGCAACACUCGUCGUCAACGCCGGGGAUGUCAAGCUCCGUGCUUCCCUGACCGACGCCACCGUCGCCAAUGGCCCCAGCUUGAACGGCCUGGCUUUAGCCGUUGAGAAACCGGGAUUCUUCAGCGUUGACUACAACGUACCCAAGCAGGAUGUCUCCUUUCGGUUUAUGAACACGGUUAGGGUUGCAGAUAAGCCCUUGAAUUUGACUUACAUGCAUAGCAGGGGGGAUAACAGGACUAUCCUGGACGGAACCCUUGUAAUUGACUCAUCUAACAAGGUGUCCAGUAACUAUGUGGUUGGUACUGGAAAUUGCAAGUUGAAGUACACUUACACUCAUGGAGGGUUGACUACAUUUGAGCCGACCUACGAUUUGGCAAAGAAUACAUGGGAUUUCACAGUCUCAAGGAGAGUUUACGGGGAUGACGUGUUUAGGGCUACAUAUCAGACAUCAAGUAAGCACUUGGGGUUGGAGUGGUCAAGGGUCUCGAAGCUCAAUGGGAAUUUCAAGGUUUCUGCAUCUGUCAAUUUGGCCGAGGAAGCGAAAAUGCCAAAACUAAUCGCGGAAACCACAUGGAACAUUGAGAUGUGA